AUGUCUGCAUCACAGACAAGUCUCGUGCACAAAAUAGAUGUAGGAGAAGAUGGGUUCUCAUUUGAUCCCGCCUCUCUGUCUGCCUCCGUCGGCGACACGGUCGAGUUUCAUUUCUAUCCACAGAAUCACUCUGUCGCCCAAGCAUCUUUUGAUGAUCCUUGUCAUCCACUGAAUAGCAGUGGAUUCUUUAGUGGAUUCGUUCCUACCAGCGAAGAAUCCAAAACUGUGUUCACUUUGACGAUCAACAACACUGAUCCUAUCUGGUACUAUUGUGGUCAAGAGGGACAUUGUCAGGCUGGCAUGGUUGGAGUUAUAAAUCCUCCGUGA